UGUAAGAUCGUGUGUGGGGAGGAUGUCGCAGCGCGCGUCCACUGGAUGUGCGCUCGACCCUCGAGGAUGCAUAAGUCUUGAAUGCAUCUUAUUAGCUUUUAGUGCACCAAUAUCAGAGGAACAGGCCUGGGCCUUGUGCUACACGACCAUUCAGUGUUUUUUCGCCAUUAGAGACGAGGAUAAGUCCAAAGCGACCCUUUCCACCAGCCUAAAGCAUGUGAUUUUGCACAAGGAUGGAUAUGUUCACGAGGAUACCUUCAUGCCCAAUGGCAACCAAGGAAGGACCAGAGUUCGUCCCGUGUCAGAGGGGAAGCUGGUGUCGGAGCUGGGAGUGCUGCUGUACCGUGCCCUCGACUACAGUCUGGGUAGUGAUGAGGAACGUGACCUCUCGCCCUCCCUCAAUCACCUCAUCGACCUCAUGACCUCAGCAGAGUGUGAGCGAGGGGAGACUGACGAUGAGGGGAUUGAACGAGAUUCCGGGGACUCUGAAGACGAGAUGGAUCACAGUGCUAACUUCACCAUGUCCGAGGCACUCCAGGUGUGUGAGAGCCGCCUGAGCAACGGAGGGCUGGAGGGCGGUGUGUGUGAGCACUACAGGGCCGUGGUGAGGGCCCUGGUGGCUGAGGCCAUAGAUCUGGCCUCCUUCCUGCAGAACGUGGCCCUGGGUAGCAAGUUUGCCACUCAGACCUCAGACCUCCUCAGCUCUGAGCACGACCUCCGGGAACUCCAGUGUGAAGACUGGGCACGUCUAUGGAUGCAGGUGAUGAGAGAGUUGAGGAACGGCGUCAAAUUGAAGAAGUUCGAAUACUCUAGAGGACCCAUCGAGUACGCUCUGACACCUUAUGAGAUGUUGAUGGAUGAUAUUAGAUCACGAAGAUACACUCUCAACAAAGUCAUGGUAAACGGGGAUAUACCACCACGUCUCAAGAAAGAUGCUCACACUAUCAUACUCGACUUCAUUAGGUCGCGCCCUCCUCUCAGGAAGGCAUCAGAACGGAAACUUCUCCCUCCGCCACGGAAGAUCUCGUCACCGAUGGAACUGCUGAUGGAAAGCAUUCGAAAGGACCAUACCUUAAAGCACGUCAAUGCUCCAACGAGAACGCGGCCCAUGUCCAUGGUAGAGACGUCUCGCUCACCUGUAGUACUGGAUCCCACACCCAAGCCUCAGCGGAAACUCAUCCAGGCUCCCAGGUUCAACAUCUCUGCUGAGGACGAGGAGGAGGAUGAUCUGAGUGAUAUUCCUCCAUCAAGCCCACAUUUGAGCAGCACUCCAGUUAUAGGUACAGUAGUGCGGAGUCCCACACAAACCCCACAGUCGACACCAUCUUCACCAUGGUCACGGAUGGCCUUUGAUUUGGCAAAAUACGGCAACACAGGAACUCCGGAGCGUCGUCAUUCCAUUACACUGUGUGAGACACCUUCACUGACCCACCAGUCCUCCACCUCCAUCACUCCACCUUCCUCGCUUCCACAGUCAAGAAAUCCAUCUGCUCCCAGUUCUCCAGCACAUCAAGAUUUUAUCUCAUCUACGUCUCAGACACAGAGAGACUUUUUAUCCUCGGCUCAUUUCUCCACACGGCUCGACUGUCUGGCUCUCACUCUGGAGGAGGUGGUGCAUAUCCGUAAUGUCCUGACCAAAGCUGAUCUAGAGGCUCUCCCUCUUGAUCUGACUAUCAAGGAAGAUAUGGCCAAGGGAAAAAUAUGUUUCCUUUGCAUGAAAACCAGAUUUGGUUUCUUUGGUCCCCGAGGUACCAACUGCAGACUGUGUAAGAGAACAGUGUGUAAAAAGUGCAUCUCAAAGAUGCGCAUCCCAACAGAGCACUUCUCGAACAUCCCAGUCCAGAUGUUGACUCCUCAGGCAUUGUCUCCCCGUGAGGACGAGGAAGAUAACAUAUCGUUACCACGAUCCAUCCUCUCUAGACUUACGUUUAACAUCUCAGAACACAUCGUUAAGCGUAUUCAGGUAACAGAGCAUGGAGAACAAACAACAAGUGAUCACAUCCUGUCUCAGGAGCUGCCUCUCCCUGGAAGUAGCAGUGCCGGGGUGAGUGGAGAACGGCGAAGCAGCAUCACUGGUAGUGUAGGAUCAGCACCAUCAUCUCCGACUCUCUCUCGGACUGAUGGACCACUAUCCUUGCCCACGCAGCCAGCAGCACCCUAUGUAAAUGAGGCUAUCAAGAAACGCCUUCUUAGGAACCGUCACGUACAACGGGCAAAGACAAUUGGUAUCCUGGAGGGUAAAAGUCGUCGCUCCUUACCAUAUGUCAAGCCCAAGCUGGGACGUGCCAACACCCUGUCAGUUAUCGAGUGCCGUACUGUGCAACAGCGACUAAUGGAGGAGAAACAGAAGCAGCGAUCUCGGACAACACAGGUUGAGGAGCAUCUGCGUGGAGAGCUAAUGUCUGUGUGUGGAGACUGUAAAGCCAUGGUACUGCACAUCCUGGCAUCCAUCAAAGUGCGGCGAGAGCAACAAAUGAGUGGAUCAGCUCUACACGAGUCACCUCGUCAUCAUCUACAUCUUAACCUUAACCCUGUAUACCACUAAGGGAUAUUGGUCCUUUUGCUGGUAAUGUUUUAUUACAGUAUUGUCAUUAUGGCACUAUUUACAUCAAAACUUUUUCAAUUAUGAAGGUUCCUGUAAUACCUUGAUUUAAAAUUUUCUCUAUAUGUGCUUAGUACUGAGCCAUUAUCUUCUAUGUUAUAUAGUUUGAAUGUGGCUAUAAUCCUAACUAGUCUGUUAUGGAGACUCAGCCUAUCAUUAACCCCUAAAUAUUUUGCCUGCAGUACUCUGCUGUUUUAAAACUGAAAUAAAUAACUUAUAGAGAAUAAUAUAAUCAGUUCUAAUACAGUUUUAGUACCCACAACCCUGUAUACAAGAAUAUCCAGCAUGCUCAGUAGUAUCCUUCAUUACCUUACUCAUACUCUGUUACCUCUUAAACAAUGUUGUAUGAUCUUUGUGUACUGGUAAUUGAGAUUACUUUUUCAAUAACCUCUCAUUAUGCAGUUACUUAAAAUAUCACAGUAGCUUCUGUGCAAUUUUGAAGUUAUUCGGAUAUUUAAAAAUAGUUUUUUUCUGCAUUCUUGCCAGAACAGAGUAUUAGUGUGAAUACUUAUUGCAGUAUCAUCUCUGACAAAAAUAUUUGUAUGUGGUUGCCAAAUGUAGUCUGAGCAUACUUAUCAGAGAUCUCUGAAUUAUUCAUAUUUCAAGAAACUAAACUGUAAUAAUAUAUGUAUUGUAAGAACUUCAUUUUCUCCUGAUAAAUGGAUACUCAGACAGUAGAGUAUGUUGAAGAAUAGUUUGGGGGUUUGGUGUUGAUGUCACCUCUUGAUUAUCUGCUUGCUGCUCAGCGGUGUAUAAUGGUGCACAUUAAGCUCUUGAUUGUAUGAUACCGAGAAAUAUCUUAAUGGUGCAUAUAUUUGAAAUUCUUGAUUGUAUGCUACUUAAAAAUGUCUUAAUGGUGCAUAUAUUGGAUGUCACCUCUUGGCUGGAUGCUACUGAGAUAUGGUUAAUGGUGCAAAUAUUUAAAAGAAAUUUUGCCAGGUUUACAUAUUAAUAUUUUUUUUGUGUACAGCACCUAACAAAAUAAGGCAUAUUUAACACAAUACUAUUUUUUCAUGAAAUUCACUCAUAUUUAAAUGAUUCUGAAAAUUGGAUUUGGUACUAUAUGAAAUUAAGCUUUUAUUUCAUAACUGGAGUUUAUGCUUGGGAUUAAUUUGACUAUCUGCUCUAUUUAAUGAUCCCAUUGCAUUAUAUAUUUUUAUAUAUUUUAAUUGUAUAAAUUUAGAUAGAUUCAUCUGGUGGUUACAGUAUGUUAUGAUUUUGAAAAGGAUUGCCCACUUUUGUGAAUAUUUUCUUUGUCCUUAUGUACAGUAAUACAAAAUUAAUCCCAGUUCCACCCUAUCAUCUGUAGGUAUUUUACUAUGUGGAUUAAUAAUUUAAUGUAAACCGAUUAAUUGUGAUGAGCAAAUGUUGUUAUUCAGAAAUGUGCACCAACGUGCAUGGGUCACACAGACCUGCAGAUGAGAAAACGGUAACAAUGAGCCAGGAAGGUCAGUUCGGGUUGUCCUUCACAUGUACAGUAGUAACUAAUAUUGACUUCAUAUUGAAGUCAAGAUACAUUAUAAUUAUAUAGAAAAUUUAAAUGUGGUAUUACAAAUGUAUUGCAUAAUUCUUUUGUGAAAUGCAGCCAAUUACAUUCCAAAUUAUAUUUGUAAAUGACAGAUUAGUUAAGGUCUACUGUUGACUUGGCAAAGCCAAAUUAUAGAAGUAGACAUUGUGUGUGUGAGCUGUCAUUUGCCUUUAAUCUGUCAUGUAAGCCUAUGAUUUGGAUUAAUUUAUCUCCAUUAUUGUACAUAGUAUACAUACAUAUAUAUUUUUGACUUGUAAAUACUUUUCAUUUUGUUAUUAGAUAAGAAUGUGCAAACGUUAAGGAGUUGCAUUUUCAUUCUCCAGUGAUUUGUCAAUAAAAUUUUAUAACUAGACAUUUUGGCUAAAUGUUUCAAUGUGAACUUUAGUUUUGAGGUGUUUAGCAAGCAACACUUUGAUAUAUUUAUGUUUGUCACCAUUCUGAUACCUGUGCCUCUAUCACUAUCUUGAUACUUGCACCUCUUAUCAACUGUAUCUUGAUAUUUGCACAUCUGUCAUCAUUAAGAUUUAUGUUUACCAUCAUUAUACUUGCCCCUUCACCUUUAUUACUGUACAUCCCAUUAUUAUAGGUAUGUUUGCUUUUUGAUUUGUGUUCUCAGGACUAGCAGUUUUUUUUUUACCCCCUCUACUGCAGUGUUACCGAAGACUUCAAAUACGGACUGUUUGUUUAGUUGCCAAGUUGCAUCUAUUGUCUUCAGCACAAAUUAAUUUUUUGGCAACAGCCAUAUUACUGCAGUUAUUCCCUCAAGGGAGCUUCCCUGAUGUUUAUUACUACUACAUUCAUUUCCUCAAGGGAGGUUCCCUGAUGUUAUUCAUGCCCCCAGAGGAGGGGUUGUUAGUUCAAGGAAUUUGCUUUGUCUCCCUUUCAUUGGAUUGAACCAGAUUGCCUCCCAUUUCCCAGGUGCUGUAUGACUCCUACAGGUUUAGUGCUUCCCUCUAAAUAUAAUUACUGCAUUCAUGGAGGGGAGCAUUAAACCUCUAGGAUUAUACAAUGCUGGAGAAAUUGGAGGUAAUCAGACCUGAUUCAAGGGAAGACAAAUUUCAGUUCCUUGAACCCCCUCACCAGCAUUAAGGCUUGAAGAACACAAUAUGUUGUCAUUGGUACAAUGUACCUGUAUUAUGAACAGUCAUACCUCCUUUGUUGCAUUAUAAAUGCAUUCAUGGGUAGGGAAGAGCAUUAAACUAGUAAGGGCCAUAUGGCACCUUGGGAAAUGGAAGGUAAUCUGGUUUGAUUCGGGGGAAAGGGAAGUUGUGUUCAAUGCCUUUGAUCAAGAAUCACUGGCAUUAAGGAACCUCCCUUCAGGGUCCUUUAUCUCAAGUAUGACAGUAAUACAGUCUGUAAUCUACAGAUUACACUUGUUAAAACAAAUGUACGUUCACUGUGAUGGCGCUGUAUAGUCCUUGUGGCUUAGCGCUUCUUUUUGAUUAUAAUAAUAAUAAUCACUGUGAUGGCAGUUUGAGGGGGUAAUUAGUGUUGGAAUGAUAAUUUUGUAAGUCAUUUAUUUGUAGAGUAAUUACAAUUUGCAUUUUCUUGUUUAUUAAGUACCUAAUAUUUAAAUUUCAGCAAGCCUGAUGACUUUGAUAUAAUGCAUAGCUUCUGGAAUAUGGAUAACAGCUGUAAGUGUAAUACAAAUUUUAUAUUGUAACAAUAAUGUUAGUCAUAAAAAAAAAAAACUGGUCUGGGUGAUAUAUUAUUAUUAUUAUUAUAAUCAAGGGGGAAGCACUAAACCCGUAGGAUUAUACAGCGCCUAUGGGGGGAUGGAAGGCAUUCAGGCUUAAUUCAGGGAACUGGAGCACAGAUCCAAUUCCCUAGAUCAAGAGCCCCUCACCAGCGUCAAGGAGCCUUCCUUGAGGGGCUGGGUGAUAUAAAAUGUGGAAAACACUGUACAUUUAAUACUAUUGAACUCGAGUCUCUCAGAGCUUGGCAGAAAUAUUUUAGUAUGUACAAGCUUAUAUUCAACCUCUGAGUCCCAGACUAAAAAAUAGAGGAAAAAAAAAACAGUCUCAAUAAAGAUCAUUAAAAAAUCCACACUUAAAGGAACCUUAAUGUUUUAGCCCAUCCUGUACCAUUAAGUUACAAUUGACACUACAAGAAAGGGCAGGAAAUGGUAGUAGUAGAGGUAGCAUUAAUAAAAGUAAUGGUGAGUAGUAGU